CACCCAUGUCAAAUAAGUCACCCGCAGCAUUAGAAUUUGUGGAAUCUAUUGUGUUCUAGAAAUGACGUCACAAUGACAGUAAGAAGAAAAUUGCCUGCAACUCUUAUUAUUACUUCAUUUGCGAUUUUGAUCAUCCUCAACUGCAUUCAUUUAUUCUUAUAACUUCUUACUUUUUACAAAUUGCUUUUUGGUCAUCUACAACUUUGCUCAUCAGCAGUUUAAAGAACAGCAGUAAAAAAAUAAGAUUCAAAAAUCAAAUAUCACACUGCAAAAAAGCUGAGAAUUGUGGUCAAGUGUACAAUGUUCAACCAUGUACAGCACCACAUUAUUCCAGCGACACAGUGGAAACCCAUUCACCACUCCCACCUCAACACAACCGGUUUCUGAAGUGGAUGAGGUGAAAAGAGGAAAAACGAAGAAGAAAUUGAAAAAGAUUAAGAGGGUUUGGAAGGCACUAUUUGGUAAUAGGGUAGCUGGUGAAAAAUACACUGAGAAGACAAGCUCAUCUGAGGGUGAGAAAAAAGAUCAGGGAGCUGAUGCAGCUGUGCUACAGUCUAGGAGAAACACUGAUAACCAGAUUUACAGUGUACAUGGCCUCCUUCAAGAUGUGGCCUGCACUGAGCUUGCCUCUGAUGUGGAUAGGGCGAAAGGAGGAAGAAAUAAGGAGAAAUGUGAAAAGUCGAUUUGGAAGGUACUUUUUGGUUGUAUGAGACCUAGUAAAAAAGUCCUCCAAACUCCACUUUGCACUGUGGUCGCCCAGAAUGUUGACACCCUCCAAGCUCCAGCCCACACUGUCAACAACCAGAGUGUUGAUGCCAAACAAACUCCAGUCCAAGUCGAGUCUGACUGGAGUGUUGAUGCCCAACAAGCUCCAGCCGAACAAGCACCAGCCCAGCUCCAGCCCAACAAGCUCCAGCCCAGGUCGAGUCUGACUGGAGUGUUGAUGCCCAACAAGCUCCAGCCCAGGUCGAGUCUGACUGGAGUGUUGAUGCCCAACAAGCUCCAGCCCAACAAGCUCCAGCCCAGGUCGAGUCUGACUGGAGUGUUGAUGCCCAACAAGCUCCAGCCCAGGUCGAGUCUGACUGGAGUGUUGAUGCCCAACAAGCUCCAGCCCAACAAGCUCCAGCCCAGGUCGAGUCUGACUGGAGUGUUGAUGCCCAACAAGCUCCAGCCCAACAAGCUCCAGCCCAGGUCGAGUCUGACUGGAGUGUUGAUGCCCAACAAGCUCCAGCCCAGGUCGUGUCGGACUGGAGUGUUGAUGCCCAACAAGCUCCAGCCCAACAAGCUCCAGCCCAGGUCGAGUCUGACUGGAGUGUUGAUGCCCAACAAGCUCCAGCCCAGGUCGAGUCUGACUGGAGUGUUGAUGCCCAACAAGCUCCAGCCCAGGUCGAGUCUGACUGGAGUGUUGAUGCCCAACAAGCUCCAGCCCAGGUCGAGUCUGACUGGAGUGUUGAUGCCCAACAAGCUCCAGCCCAACAAGCUCCAGCCCAGGUGGAGUCGGACUGGAGUGUUGAUGCCCAACAAGCUCCAGCCCAACAAGCUCCAGCCCAGGUCGAGUCUGACUGGAGUGUUGAUGCCCAACAAGCUCCAGCCCAGGUCGAGUCUGACUGGAGUGUUGAUGCCCAACAAGCUCCAGCCCAGGUCGAGUCUGACUGGAGUGUUGAUGCCCAACAAGCUCCAGCCCAACAAGCUCCAGCCCAGGUCGAGUCUGACUGGAGUGUUGAUGCCCAACAAGCUCCAGCCCAGGUCGAGUCUGACUGGAGUGUUGAUGCCCAACAAGCUCCAGCCCAGGUCGAGUCUGACUGGAGUGUUGAUGCCCAACAAGCUCCAGCCCAACAAGCUCCAGCCCAGGUCGAGUCUGACUGGAGUGUUGAUGCCCAACAAGCUCCAGCCCAGGUCGUGUCGGACUGGAGUGUUGAUGCCCAACAAGCUCCAGCCCAACAAGCUCCAGCCCAGGUCGAGUCUGACUGGAGUGUUGAUGCCCAACAAGCUCCAGCCCAGGUCGAGUCUGACUGGAGUGUUGAUGCCCAACAAGCUCCAGCCCAGGUCGAGUCUGACUGGAGUGUUGAUGCCCAACAAGCUCCAGCCCAGGUCGAGUCUGACUGGAGUGUUGAUGCCCAACAAGCUCCAGCCCAACAAGCUCCAGCCCAGGUGGAGUCGGACUGGAGUGUUGAUGCCCAACAAGCUCCAGCCCAACAAGCUCCAGCCCAGGUCGAGUCUGACUGGAGUGUUGAUGCCCAACAAGCUCCAGCCCAGGUCGAGUCUGACUGGAGUGUUGAUGCCCAACAAGCUCCAGCCCAGGUCGAGUCUGACUGGAGUGUUGAUGCCCAACAAGCUCCAGCCCAACAAGCUCCAGCCCAGGUCGAGUCUGACUGGAGUGUUGAUGCCCAACAAGCUCCAGCCCAGGUCGAGUCUGACUGGAGUGUUGAUGCCCAACAAGCUCCAGCCCAGGUCGAGUCUGACUGGAGUGUUGAUGCCCAACAAGCUCCAGCCCAACAAGCUCCAGCCCAGGUCGAUUCCGGCCCAGGUCGAGUCUUACUGGAGUGUUGAUGCACUCCAAGGUCCAGUACCUGCUGUGUCUGACUGGAGUGUGGACAUCCUACAAACUCCAGGCCACACCAAGUCUUUAUUUGAUCCUUGCUCAGACAUCUUUUCCUACUAUGAAGUCGGCAAUAUGCUGGGUCAAGGAGGAUUUGGAGCCGUCUAUGAAGGGAGGCGUGUGAAGGAUGGCCUUGAGGUGGCAGUGAAAUUUGUCAAGAAAACAGAGGAUAUGCACUACAUCAACUUUCCUGAACCUCUUCCACUGGAGGUAGCUCUUUUAAUCCUCGUAAAUGAAGGCCCCAGAGUUCCCCAGAUAAUCCAGCUGCUGGACUGGAAGGAUGUGGGUGAAUACUGCAUCAUGAUUCUGGAGCGGCCUAUUCCUUGCGAGGACUUGUUUGAUUUUGUGCAGCGCCGUGGAGGCAGAAUCGACGAGGAGUUGGCUCGGGUUGUCAUGCAGCAGGCAACACAAGCCGCUUACAUGAGCUGCCAACGUGGAGUGCUGCACCGAGACAUCAAAAAGGAAAACAUUCUGAUCAACAAGGACACCCUAGAAGUCAAACUAAUUGACUUUGGGUGUGGCGACCUCCUUCAAAGGGCACCUUAUACUACAUUCAGGGGCACACGAAUGUACUGUCCACCCGAAUUCAUAUCAGAGGGCAAGUACCACGGGGAGCCAGCGACGGUAUAUUCAUUGGGAGUGCUCUUGUUCUCGCUGGUAUGCGGGACAUUUCCAGAUAACGCCGACCUGAUUAUGAUCAAUCGGAACUGUUGGUUUAUAGCUGGCUUAUCACUAGAUUGCUGCCAAUUGAUCUGCUCUUGCCUGCAGCGUGAGCCAGCAGAGCGACUUGAUUUGGCCAAGAUUCUGCACCAUGAAUGGUUUAAGGGCUCAGAUAUGGAGAAAUUCUGCAAAUAGUGGCCGUGUUCCCUGUCACAGCCAGCCCAGGUGUUGUCAUCUACUGACAGCUCAUCAUGACCCAGAACUCCAUUUCCAUUCUUGCAAACUCAGUGAAAAACUAUUGUUGUUGUUGUUGUUGUUUAUUAGUUUUUUUGAAUGGUCUUAUAAUCUUUUAUCUUGUAUGGUCUUAUUAUAUCUUGUAUUACAUUUAAAAAAAAUGACAGUGCUCUAACAACAGUUUUUCGACGAAUACAUUAAUUAAUGAAAAUUUACACUGAACAUAAAUACAUAAAGUAAAACAACAUCAAAACCAUUAUGUGUAUAUUUUGGUGGAGUUGAGUGUCAGAUUUUCAGAUCGUAGGACAUGACAGUAUCUAAAAUACACAAUUGAGUUUAGAGUUAUGGUAUAACUCUUUCAUUUUCUAAAAUAUCUUUUUUUACAGUAGUGAAAUAAAAGCUAACUUUCUUAAAGCUUAUUGUUGAAUUUCAAUGUAUCUGCUCCCCUC